UGUACAUGGACUUGUCUCGCGCUCUGUCGCCAUCUUGUGGAGCAGCUCGGUAAAGGCGGAUGUAGCAGCAGAAUCUAAAAUGGCGUCUGGAGAAACAAACGGGAGCUGGUGUCGGAGUCUAUUUACCGUUAACGGCAGAACAAACGGCCACCGGGAGGCUGACAGCUAUCUAACACAGAACAAUGUACCACUGGUGUCGUGACCAGAACCAAUACCUUACUGCACCCUGAAGCACUGAUCCGAACCAGGACCAUAGGGACCUCAGCAGGAAGCAGUCAUCAUGCUGUGAGGUUGUGACCUCACUGGCUCUGUGACCUGGAGGAGGAGGACAAGAUGGCGGCUGAACUUUUUCCCACCAGUCUCCCUCAUGGUAACGAGGUGGAGGUGAAGAAGAGUUUCAUCCAGCCGAGCGAACCAGAGCCACCGGCCAGUAACCACGUCAACGACAGUGGCGACAGCGUUCAACACAUUGUCAACAACAACGACAGAGAGGAGAGAGACGGCUGGCAGGACGCACAGCCCACGCUCAGAGAGAGAAACGCUCUGAUGUUCAACAACGAGCAGAUGGCGGACGUUCACUUCAUCGUUGGCCCUCCAGGAGAAACUCAGAGAGUCCCUGCACAUAAGUAUGUCCUGGCAGUGGGCAGCUCGGUGUUUGGAGCCAUGUUUUAUGGAGAUCUGGCUGAGGGCCAAUCUGAGAUCCACAUCCCUGAUGUGGAGCCGGGUGCUUUCCUCAUUCUGUUAAAGUACAUGUACAGUGAUGAGAUUGAGUUGGAGGCAGACACUGUGCUCGCCACGCUCUACGCUGCGAAGAAGUACAUCGUUCCUGCUCUGGCAAAGGCCUGCGUUGCCUUUCUGGAGACGAGCCUGGAGGCGAGGAAUGCCUGUGUCCUCCUGUCCCAGAGCCAGCUGUUUGAGGAGCCAGAGCUUACACAGCGGUGCUGGGAGGUGAUCGACGCUCAGGCCGAACUCGCUCUGCGAUCUGAAGGCUUCUGUGAGAUCGACCUGCCUACGCUGGAGAUCAUCCUGCAUAGAGAGUCACUCAACAUCCGCGAGGUCCAGAUCUUCCACGCAGUACUGAGGUGGGCAGCGGCUGAGUGUCGACGUCAGGGCUUGGCAGUGACCCCCGGAAACCAGCGUGUGGUAUUGGGCAAGGCUCUGUACCUGGUCCGGAUCCCCUCCAUGACGCUACAGGAGUUUGCAGAUGGGGCAGCACAGUCUGACGUCCUGACGCUAAAAGAGACUCAUGAUGUCUUCCUGUGGUUUACUGCCUCCAACAAACCUAGACUGGAGUUCCCCCUUGUGAAGCGGGCUGGCCUGGCGCCGCAGAGGUGCCACCGCUUCCAGUCUUCAGCCUACCGCAGCAACCAAUGGCGCUACAGGGGGCGUUGUGACAGCAUCCAAUUUGCAGUGGACCGGCGGAUCUUCAUGGCUGGACUUGGUCUGUAUGGGUCGAGUGGCGGGAAGGCCGAGUACACUGUGAAGAUCGAACUGAAGAGGCAGGGGACUGUUUUGGCACAGAACCUCACCAAGUUUCUGUCAGACGGAUCAAGCAGCACCUUCCCGGUGUGGUUUGAACACCCGGUCCAGGUCGAACAGGACACCUUCUACACAGUGAGCGCCGUCCUGGAUGGGAACGAGCUAAGUUACUUUGGUCAGGAAGGGAUGACAGAGGUGCAGUGUGGAAAAGUGACCUUCCAGUUCCAGUGUUCAUCGGACAGUACCAACGGCACUGGUGUGCAGGGGGGGCAGAUCCCUGAACUGGUCUUCUAUUGCUGAACCAGAACCUGACAAACUACAAGUUACAGAUACUCUGACAGGCGGACUGCUGCAGUCAGCUUGAUGUAAUAGAACUACAAGCUGAUUGGUUUAUCAGGGCUUCAUUCGGGAAAUAAAGUUGAAGUGAAACAACAAAAAA